AUGACCCGGAAGGAUGGAGAAGUUGUCGGCGAGCCUGUCGGAGAUCACUUGAAGCCCGUUGGCGCUGCCGUUAGACGCAGUGGCAUUUUUCACUAUUUUCUGACAUUUCAUAAACCAAAAGAUAAACUCAAUAGCUCUAUAAAUAAUCAGCAAAAUAAAAGAUUACAUUGUACUUUUUUUGGGAAAAGCUGUGCAAUAUAUCUACAAGUUUUAUUAUUUAUUGACCGGCUCAGCUCUCGUUAUAUUUGGCGCUAUUAUUUUGAAACCAACUUCGCCUUAUUUCCGUUAUUAUUUCGUUUUAUUCAGGCAACCUUGAUACAGCUCCAGAAUUUAUUCUCGCACACAGACUUUCCUAGUUUACGUCAACUCACUUACUUGCGUGAAUGUGUGGAGGGUCUAUCAGAGGAGGAUGUGGUCCUGUUACACUCCUGUCGUCAGUGGACAACAGUGACGGCCCACAGUUUAGAGGAGGGACACUACGUCAUUGGACCCAAGAUAGACAUCCCUCUGCAGUACCAGGGCAAGUUCAAGUUGCUGGAUGAAGACCGGGACAUCAGGGAUCCAGUCCAGUAUUUCUCCAGUGUGGAGGAAGUUGCUGGAGUCUUCCCUGACCGGGUCUUUGUCAUGGAGAUGAUCACCUUUAGUGUCAAGGUGGUUUCAGGGGAGUUCAGUGAAGACAGUGAGCCUUACAGCUUCACUCUGCAGGCUGGAGAUGAACUGUCCCUCAUGGGGAAGGCAGAGCUUCUCUGUGCUACACCCUCAAAGGAAAAAACAGGACUUAGUGCGCUUCUGAGACGCUUGGGAAAGACUCCUAGAAGUAAAACUCCCUGCCUUGUCUGUAUGAACCAUCGCACCAAUCAGAGCAUCAGCCUGCCUUUUGGCUGUCGUGGACGCUUUUGCACACGUUCCCCCCUGGAGCAAGGCAUGCUGGGAGGGGAGCACACGGUACGCAGCAUAAUUGAGAGGGUUCGCCUCCCUGUCAAUGUGUCCGUACCUUCACGACCACCUCGAAACCCCUACGACCGUCAUGCGGUGCGAGAGGGCCACCGCUACAAACUGCUCAACAUCGUCAGCAAGACGGUGGUGCUCUGCCUGGUACUCCGCCGACAGGAGGUCUCCCCUUCCCAUUUCCUGCUGCUGCGUUGCAUGCCACGGUUUAAUGUGGCUGAGGCCUCCGUCCACACAGCGGCUCUGGAGAACCUUCUGCUGCGCCAUGCAUUUGACCCAGAUGCCUAUUCUCGUGCUGUUAGAGAAACCCGGCCAGAGCUAGAGUGUAUGACGGAGGAGUGUGUGAGCCCGCAGCACUCCCGCAUGUGUGUGUCGGGUCAGGACUCUUUAGCACCGGCACUGCAACGCCUCUCAAUGUGCGGGUAUGGAGGUGGGGUUUCACACAGCUUAUCACAGCGCUGCAGGGACUCUAUUGGUGACAGGCUGGGGGAGGGACCAGGUGAGGAGAGGGAGUACGUGACUCCUGAGUGGACUGACGCUGAAAUGAGGACCAGUGAGGAAAUCCCUUACGAGGAACUCUGGACCAAUCAGAAUGCAGAGGGCUUGGGAAAAGAGCCAAACCUCAUCUCCUUCCAUUCGUCUUCCUCAGUGGAUGGCUCUCUUGGUACCGUGGUGACAAGAGUGUCUACCCCGCCCCCUGUACCUCCAAAAUCUGAUGCUGUGAGAGAGGAGUGUCGCUAUUUGAUCGCCCCUCCAGUCCCCCCUCGCUGCUCUAAAGGAGGCUCCAUCUCCAGUCCGGCCCCCAGCCCGCCUAUCCCACCUCGCUUUCCCAAAACCUCCACUUCCCCGAGACCCAACCUCUCCUUCUACUCCUCUGGACUUCAGGACAGCUGCUCACCUUCUCCAGAUGCUUCCCUCUACUGUUACCCGUGCUCUUGGGGGGACUGCCCUGCUCCUACCCCUGCCAGUUCUGAGCCAGUCCCUGCCACCCCUGCAGACAACACAGCCAAUCCUCAGCCAGCACAGGCCACCUGGGCAGAGCCAUGGGUGGAUUCCUUCACCUCCCCCGGACUGCGCCUCAGGCCUCCGCCGCCACAGAGUCGAUUUGCCCCCUUUGGGGCCUUGAACCCCUUCAACCGCCAGUCCCCCUGCCCAUCGCCUGAGCCCACUGCCAAUCCUACAACAGAUUCCUCCAGAGGUGCAGAGGGCGGUGGGAUGUCCGCAGGGAUCACUGAGGGGUUGUCCACGCCUCCUGACCCAACCUGGCGGCCUCCUGCUGACCUGUCUGCACUGUCAUUAGAGGAAGUGUCAGCAUGCCUACGGUUCAUUGGCCUAUCAGAGGCAGUGGUGGCUGUGUUCCAGAGGGAGCGAAUUGACGGUAGCCUCCUGGUCCAGCUGACUGAGGACAUCCUGUCACAUGACUUCCACCUGAGCCGACUCCACGUCACCAAGAUCACACAGUUCAUUCAGGGCUGGAGGCCGAAAAUCUAACACACACACACACACACACUGUCCUGAUGCUGUGCCUCUUGGCCUCUGAGCCUUCCUUAAUGUGCCUUCUGCCAUUUUGAACAACUGGCUGCUGAGCCCCACCGACUGAUAUCGAGACUUUGCAGAUGGAAACCACGCCACCCUGUGGCCAAACAGUUGUACUGACACAUGACUGGAUUGCAUGCCAAGAGUCUGACAGACUGACUGCACAUUUCCCGUCUGAAUCACAGACUGGGACUAGUUUACUAACAAAUAGCUAUACCAGAGAGCCACGUGAUGAAAGCCCCCCCAUUUCAUUUUGUCUUUAGAGCAGAUAAUCAACCACCAUAGAUCGUAAUGCUAUGAGACAGCAAAGGUUUUAGCACUACAUCCAUUUGUGUGGCCUUAAUGCUGUGGUCCUACAUAAAAUCUGACAUGAUGGGUAAACAUGCCUCCAUUUUAGGUUAUAAAAAAUAUUUUGACAGAUAAACAGAAUUAUUGCAGUUUUUAUAAAGUGCACAGUGUACACCACAGUAGGGAAGUGAGUUUUUUCAAUAUACUGUACAUGCAAGAAGCAUUAAGUGUUCCACAGCCUCUAUUCUUGAAUGUAACAACACAGCUGUAAUACUGAACAGUUGUCUCUCUGAGUUUCAGUGGCAUGUAAUUGGUACAGGUAACAAAGUGAAAGGUUCUCUUGGGAGAUUAGAAAGCGCUAGUUGUUCCAGGUCAAAUUUAAAAAAAGGAAAGUCUGAAAACCAGAAAUUUUGGCAUCCAAUAAAGUAAUUAAUGAGCUUCUGCUCAAUGAUUCAUUGAAACAUUACUGAAUAUACAAUAUUCUGUAUCAAGGACAUUUUCAGCUUUGGGGCAGUGACAUUUUUAUUAACAUUCCCUUUUAGGGUAACACGAGAUGCCCUUCUCUCUGUAGCCACAAACAAAGAUGUGUUGCCAUGUUAUGAUAGAAUUGCUGACUGCCUCCAACACAGAGUUCUCAUUUGUUAUUUACAAGACAGAAAAGCACACUGAUGACUUGAAAGAAAUAGAUGCAGUAUUAACAUACAGCAUAGGAAAGUUUGCUGUAAGAUCCACAGUCCCAUAACAGAUGAUAUCAUUAUAAAGUGUUGCAUUAAAUAUUAAAACAACUGUUGUACUAUAAUUGUCAAGUUACUGAAUGAUAGAGGAAUCAUUUAAUAUGAACGUUUCCCUUUUAAAGUUCACUUUCUAAACUGAUAGACAUUUUUCACUAUUUUCUUUAGCAGAUAAAUCAAUAAUGAAAAUUAUAUUUAGUCGUAGCCCUACUUUUUAAAAUUUCCUUUGCUGCAUAAUUACCUCCAGAUCCUUCCCAGAGAAAACUGUUACAAAAUGAGAAGUGAUCAAUUAUAAUCUUGUGAAUUAUUAUUGAUCUGUUGUGGCUGAACAUACACAGACAAAACCUCCAGUCUCUCCAGUUAGAGAGCAACAAAACAACCAGGUGUUUUCCAGGACUAAAAAUUGUUGCUUCUGAAUGAAUCCAGAUGUCAGCAAACAAAGGCUGAUGUUUUCCUCCAGCUACUUGUGCUCUGUGAAUUCUACAUACAGUACAUGUCCUUCUUAAUUAGGGAUAUAAACCAUACCUCCAUUCAGGUAGUGAUGUUAUAUAACCAUGGACUGUAGCCUCUUUACAGAGUAAAGGAAGCAAGAUCAUCCAAGUCAGCCAGAUAACUGUGAACAUGCAGUUGUGUUGUUCUAAAUGUUAAAGUAAAAUUGUUUAUUUGUUCUUGUGGGUCUCUUGUUGCUAUACAACCUGCUGUCUCAUGAUGUCUGAAAUCUUCCACUUUAAAUAUCCACAAUAUUCCCAAGAUCUGACAGGCUGAUGCCAAAACUGAACUGUUCUUCAGGACAUCUCAGACCCCACCACCACACAUACACACACACACACACACGUCCUCCUUGCUCUACUGCACCCACAUAAUAUUAAUGAACUCUCUGAUUGUGUAACUGCAAGGCCACUGUAAGA